AUGACAAAGGAUUAUGUUGAAUGUUCAGAUAAAAAUAGUAAAAUAUUUUUAUGUAAUAUUUGUUUUUCAGAAGAAAGUGAACAUAGAAUAGUUCCAUUGGAUGUUUAUGAUAAUAUAACAGUUCGAUUUCGAAAGACCAACACUCUUUAUCGGGUACGUAUAUAUCAAGAUAUGACCGUGAAAGAUUUAAUUGCCGAUGUUUGCCGACAAGCUAACACAAACAUCUGCAACAAUUGUUACUUAUGGUUUGAUUCACGCGAAUUAAAUAUUAAUGACACAAUUUUUGAAGCUGAUCUUUACAGAUCAUGGAAUUCAACAAAAGACUUACCAGAAAUUCGUUUAAAAUAUAUACAGAUUCUUCAAUCAGCAAUUCAUAUUGGUAAACAAAUUUUUCUUGCAUCACCUGAACAUAUUUCUUAUAAUGAACUUUUUGAUAUUUCUCUACCGUCCACCAAAAAUAGUAUUACCCCAAGUGUUGUAAAGAAAAUCGCUGAACAGAUUAUUCAACGUGAAUCAUCAGUUUCUCAAUCGCUCCAUAAUAACGGCGCUGUAUUUAUUCCGUUACCAAAUUGUUCAAGACAGUUAAUCGAUUCACUUCCGACGAUAAUCUUAACGGCACCACUCUCCCCAAAUCAAUUCGAUUGGAAUGUAUUUCUUGAAUGCUUAGCAGAUGAUCUUGAAAUCAACAGAACUGAUUUGAUUAUUGUAAAUGUGGAACAAGGUAGUACUAAAUUUAAGAUCAAGUUACGACCACAAUUACCUCAGGCUUUAGAAACCGUCAAUAAAAUUGCAAAAAAACUGCUGGUUAUGGUUUUACCCAAGUGUGAAAAAUUUGUUGCUAAACAUACAAUAUCAAUGAAAACUGAAAUACAAGUCGAAUUGGAAAACUUUGCUGAGAAAAAAAUCAUUGAAGAUAAAAGUUGUCUCUCUCUUGAAGAGAUUGAUCUUGCUCUUCGUCUUUGCGAACGACCUGCAAUUAUUGAGAAUAAUAGUUGGAAAUUUUUGAUAAAUAAGAAUCGUCAUAUUAGUACCUGUCUUAUGCAGUCGAUUCAAUCGUGUAGUGAUGAAUAUGUUAUUGAUCAUGUUUCGAUUGUUUACAAUGAACAGAUUUACGAUAAAUAUCAAAACUUAACAACGACUGAUAAAAAUGAGAGAAUCUUGUUUCAUGGUACAAGUACUAUCAAUAUCAACGGAAUAUUCGAACAAAAUUUUCAAUAUAAUUCUCGUGUAAAACGAACGGAUAGAGGUUGGUAUGGACAAGGCAUUUAUUUUAGUAGAUCGCCAAAAAAAGCUUUAAAUUAUGCUAAAUCGAAUUCAGCUUUUUCUUAUGUAAUAUGUAGCCUUGUUCGAUUGGGUAAAACAUUAACGGUUACAGACAUGAGAUAUAAAGGCAAACCUAUGCAUCCGGAUUACGAUAGUCAUUAUAUACCUGUAAGAAUUGAUGGAGAUCCUAUCUCUAAAGGAGAAACUCUAACUUUUGAAGAAUUUGUUGUUAAAAAGAGCGAACAAAUUAUGCCAUUGUAUAUUACUGGAUUAUUAAAAGUGUCGUGUUUUGUUAUUUGGCGUGAUGCAAAAAUUACAAAUGAAGCUAACUCUUCUAUAUUCGAAGAUAUGAAACAACGUUAUGCUUUUAAUAUCUAUGGUACACAAACUAGUAUUGAAGCAAUCAAUAUUUUAAAUAUUAAAUUGAUAAAUAAUGACUGUAUGAAAUGUGUUGUCGUAUCGAAUGGAUCCGAUGAUGGUGAAGACUUUGUCAAACGAUGCCGAUCAAUACGAUCGUCUCUACCGAUAAUUAUCUUUUGUCAGAAUAAAAGUUAUCAUAAAAAAUGGGCUGCAACAUUACCAAACCCCAAGAUUAAUGUAACCAGUAGUCCUGAAUAA